AUGUGUGGGCAGACAGCACGACAGCAGCAGCGCACAGAUGUAAUGUCUGGUGAGACGGUGGAGGAUCCUAGUCAGGAACAAACCCACAGUACUGGGGACCUCAUAGCGGCUGACAUGCUGGAUACAAACACAUUGCGAUCGGGAACGGAUGCUCAAGAAGUCUUCGAUGAUGAAGACCCACUACUGGCGUUUCUGAGAACACAGAGUGACCCAGAGGCAAACACCGACUUACCACACUCCACAACAGCUCACAAGGGUGAUGAAUCUCCGAGGAAGCCAAGAAUAUCCUGGCCGAAAACGUCAGACAAGAAAGCAUGGAAAGACCUGGAUGAUGACCUUCAUGCAAUACUGGAGACAGCACUCCAAGGAGCAGUUGAGAGAAAGCUGGUUGCUUUUACCAACCUUGUCUACACAGUUGGGAAAGAAAGAUUCGGUCUGACUAUCCAGAAAACCACCAAGAAACCUGUACAGAUGAAUAGAAGGCAGCGACAGAUAAAGGGCGUCAGGAGUGAACUGAAGGUUUUGCGAAGGAGAUAUAGGCAUGCCAGGGAAGAAGAAAAGCCAGGGCUGAAGCAGUUAAGAGACAGCCAGACGGAACAACUUUUAAACCUAUGCAAGGCAGAACAACUUCGUGGGAAAAGAAGGAAAAAGGCCAAACGUCGUGCUGAGUUCAUUGCAAAUCCAUUCAAGUUCUCUAAUAACCUGCUAGACAAAGAGAAAUCGGGCAAGCUAGAGAGCAGCAUGGAAGAAAUUACACAGUUCCUAACUGAAACGCACUCUGAUGAUAUCCGAGACGUACCGUUAGGCAACUGCCAGAGAAUAGAACCAGUACCAGAACCCACAACACCUCUAGACACCAAGGAACCUACACUGAAAGAGGUUUCAGAAGAAGUUCAAAAGGCAAGAGACGGGUCGGCCCCAGGACCAAAUGGUAUCCCUUACAAGGUGUAUAAGAUGUGCCCCAAACUUCUUCGACGCUUAUGGAAUCUUUUGAAAGUGGUUUGGAGGAAAGGUAAAGUUCCAGAUUGUUGGCAACAGGCAGAAGGAAUAUUUACACCAAAGGAAAAGCAUUCGAAGACCGUCACCCAAUUCAGAACCAUUUCCUUACUGAACGUUGAGGGGAAAAUCUUCUUUGCUGUGCUGGCCAAGAGAAUGACGCAGUAUCUGACAUCAAACCAAUACAUUGAUACCUCAGUGCAAAAGGGAGGCGUCCCAGGGUUCUCUGGAUGUGUGGAACAUACAAGCGCCCUCAGUCAGAUCAUCAGGGAAGCAAAGGUUAACCAAAAAGACCUCACUGUUGUCUGGCUUGACCUUGCCAAUGCGUAUGGCUCCAUACCACACAAGUUAAUUGAAACCGCACUGAAGCACUACCACAUCCCAGACCAUGUGCAACAGAUUAUCAAUGGGUACUUCAGUAACAUACAACUACGGUUUGCUGUAGGAGAACAGUCAACACCUUGGAUAAGGCUCGAGAAAGGAAUAGUAACAGGCUGCACUAUUUCAGUCGUGUUAUUCGUGAUGGGAAUGAACUUAAUUAUCAAUACCGCAAAGAGGGAAACCAGAGGACCAAAGACAACCUCCGGGAUAUACCUCCCAUCCAAUAGAGGUUUUAUGGAUGACCUCACGGUAAUUAAAACGACACAUGUGCAAGCUCGUUGGGUUCUUAGAGCAUUGGAUGAGACAGUGACUUGGGCAAGAAUGAAGUUCAAACCAAAAAAAUCGAGGAGCUUGGUAAUCAAGAAGGGAAAGGUUACUCAAAGGUUCACCCUCCAGGUACAGAGCGAAGACAUACCAUCCAUAGUAGACAAUCCCAUCAAAUGCCUAGGAAAAUGGUACGAUGCCAGCCUUAAUGACACAAGCAGCACAAACCGCACCAAGAACCAACUCCAAGAAGGUCUGAAGCAGAUAGACCAGACAUCACUUCCUGGAAAAUUCAAGGCAUGGUUAUACCAACAUGGAUUGUUACCAAGACUCAUGUGGCCUCUAAUGCUGUAUGAGAUAGCAGUUUCUACUGUGGAAGGCUUUGAAAGAACCAUCAACAGAUACCUCCGUAGAUGGCUAGGGGUCCCACCAAGUUUCACCAGCAUCGGACUAUAUGGGAGGACCAACCAGCUCCAACUCCCAAUAUCAUCAGUUGUUGAGGAGUACAAAGUUGCCAAGGCCAGGAUGGUGGUGACACUGAAAGAAUCGUCUGAUGACCUGAUCAGGAUGGCAGGCAUAGAGACUAGAACCGGAAGGAAGUGGUCGGCAAGCCAGGCGGUGUCCCAAGCUGAAAGUAUACUGAGACACAAAGACAUCGUCGGAACUACUACGGAGGGCAGACAAAGGCUUGGUAUGAUAAAACCACAGCGAUGGAGUACGGCAGAUAAAAGGGAGAGGAGUCAGAUGGUGCAGAAGGAAAUCAGGGCGAGCGAAGAGGAGAGCAGAAGAGCCCGUUCAGUUGAAAUGGGCGGACAAUGUGCCUGGAACAAAUGGACAACAACAGAGAGGAAGUUUACUUGGGCAGACAUAUGGCAGUAUGAGCCGCUUAGACUCAAAUUCCUGUUAAGGUCAGUUUACGACCUGCUGCCAUCCCCAACCAACCUCCACUGA